AUGUUUUCAAAUGAUGAAGAAGCUGAAAUUUCUCAGAGAGAUAGCAAAGAAUCUGUUGAGGAGGGCUCCAGUUCCCACUCGAAAAGCAAAGAGGAAGGAAAGACGACCCAAGAAGCUGCUUCAAAACAACAAAAUGGCUCUUCUUCUGAUGUUGAAAGUCUCCAACAAAAUGAAUUGAUUGAGAAGAAGUCCCCUUUUUUCUUCGGUCAGAUAUUCACUGACGAGGACGUUAUUACGUUGCUUCAAGGUCAAAUAGAUUUUAAGUCUGAGCAUGGGGAUGAAAGUAAGACCGAGUUUCAUUUGUUUGUUAAGGACAAGCUUCAUAUGGAGUUUACUAAGCUUCAAGUCACUGAAAAACUUCGGAGAACUAAACAAAAGUUUCUUGGAAAUUUCAAUAGGAAGAAACAGGCUCCUUUGGAAUUCUCUAAUGCAUAUGAAUAUACUGUUUUCAAGCUUUCGGAGAAACUUUGGGGAAAUGAGGGUCAAAGUCUUUAA